AUGAAAAAGAAGUUUAGUUUUUAAUUUGCACUUCCUGGAAUUGAAAAAGCUUAUUAAUAAGAUCGAUUAAUAAAAAAUGUUUGGAUGAGAAAGAUUCUGUCUAUAUUAUUAUUAUAGUUUGCUUUAGUGAGAUUAAUUAAUUCUAUAGUAGAAGGAAAUAGUGAAGUUAUGUAUUGGGAAAUCUGUUUUGCUUGUUACAGUAUAUUUCUUUUGUUUGUUUCUUUUAAAUGCACACCAGAAAAAGUGAAAAGCAUCUUUUCAUUUACAAAUAAUCUCUUAAGCAUUCUAUAAGCUUAUGCAAACUAUUACCAAUAACCUUAAUCCAUUUAUAUUAAUGGAUAAAAUGUUAUGAUAUUCAAUAUGUCAAUGUUUUAUUUUUCAAGCAUUUAAGAAGCUCCAAUUUAAUUAAUUGUUUUUCUUACAUCAAGAAUAUUAAUUUAAGGAUUAUAAAAUGACUUUUUUAUAGUUUAAGAUUUCAUAUAAAUAAUAAUAACAACUCUAUGUAUUUUAUUAUUUAUCUAUUAAAAUGAUUAAAAUUAGAGAGCUCAUUUUUAAUUAUAAUUUUCUGAUAAAUAAUGGGGUAAAUUCAUAAUUUUAAUUAGAAUAAACCUUGCCAGUAAUAAUAUAAAGUCCAUUUUUGAUGUUUACUUUUGAUGAAGAGAGAAUUAAUUUUAAUUUAAAAUUAUAGAAUGAUAUGAAAAAAAUCUUUUGGGAUACUGAAAAAGCACCAUCUGAAAAUUUGAGAUCAUUUUUAAGAUCUUAUAAAAUGGGAAAUGAUAAUCUUGAAUAAUAUAUUUUGAAUAGGAAAAGAAGUUGCAAUGAUUAUCAAUAGAUUUUCUUAUAUAAUUUAAGAAUUUAAAAAUAUGAUUAAGAUAUUGAAUAAAAAAAGACAAUAAUACGAUUAUCAGAUUUUUAUUUAGGAUAAUAAGUAUUUUUAAUAGUAUUUGAUCAACAUGAAUAGAAAAUUCGUUAACUUUCAAAACUUAAAGAUGCUUUAAUCUAAGGAAUAAAUCAGCAUUAAAAUUUAACCCUUAAUUUCUUAAGGAAAUAAUUAGUUUUAAUGUAGAAUGCAUUAAUUUAAAAAAAUACAACUGAACAUAUAUAUAAGUUAAAAAUUCAUUGUAUGUAUUUUAUUGGUAAGUAUACACAAUGCAAUAGUUUUUAAGAUAUUGAAGAGAAGCUUUAAUAAAUUAAUUUUACUGAAAUGAUAAAAGAUUUGAUACACAUUUAUAAUAUGGCUUAUAAGAAUAUUCAAAUUGAAUUUUCAAGUAAUAGUUUUGUGGAUAUUUAUGCUUUUAGUAAUGAAUAAUUACUGAAAAUAUUUAUGAUCAUUUUAUUUUAAACAUUUGUUCGAUUAAAUAAAAAUGGUAGAACAAUAUUUGUUCAUUUGACUGAUUCAAAAAGCAAUUCUGAAUUUUAAUUAAUAAAAAUUGGUAUAAUAUUUGAUAAAACAUAAGAAUUCAAGUAAAAAUUAAUAAAUAAUUAAUUAUUUUAUAAAAUUUAAGUUAGAUUAAGUCCUAAAGUUGAUAUAAUAACAUCAGAGAAUUGUAAAUAUUAAUAAUAAUUAUGAAAUAGGUUGUUAAUUCUUAAUAUAUAAGAAUCUCGAGAAAUUAAAUGAAAUAAGAGUACUUGAAGAAGAAAUUGAAUGA